AUGGCUUCCGGCACUUUCUGUUCUUUCCCCAAGGUCAUCAUUGUCGGGGCUGGGUUCUCCGGACUGGCAAUGGCAUGUCAAUUAAAACGAGAGUUAAAGUGCGAUGACUUUGUUAUUUAUGACCGAGAUGCAGGUUUUGGUGGGACGUGGCUAGCAAACAAGUACCCAGGAUGUGGAGUUGAUAUCCCGGCCGCGUUCUACAGUCUCUCCUUUGCACCUAACCCAGACUUCUCAAACCUCUUUCCAAAGCGGGAUGAGGUCCUACAAUACAUCAACAAUGUGGUAAUGGAGUACGACCUGUCCCGUCACCUGGUGGGAAAUACGGAAUGGAUAGGGGCAUCCUGGCAGGACAACGACAAUACUUGGCUCGUUAGCCUGCGGAGCGUUACAACUGGCGAGGAGUAUACACAACGUUGUAACAUACUAAUAUCAGCGGUUGGCGCAUUGACAAACCCUAAUCCACUGAAUGUUCCCGGCGUCGACCGCUUCCAGGGAGAUAUCAUUCACACAGCCAGGUGGGAUCAGAGCGUGUCUCUGCGGGACAAGAAUGUAAUAGUGCUUGGAAAUGGGGCCUCAGCAACACAAUUAGUACCAGCUGUGGCAGAAGAUGUUCGGUCAAUUACCCAAUUUAUGAGGUCAAAACAAUAUUUUCUCCCAGGGGGAAAUAAUACCACUAUCAGUCCAAUUUGGCAGAAUAUCUUCCGCUACGUACCCGGUGUACUUCUUGCCGUCAGAUUUUUGAUCUUCUUAUACCUCGAAACGUCCACCCCCCAAUUCAACCUGACCAAGACCGGAGCGAAAAUGCGAAGAGAAACCGCUGAAAUAAGCGAGCGUUACGUCAAAGAAAAUGCGCCAGAGAAGUACUGGCCACUCUUACUGGCCGACUAUCAAGUCGGAUGCAAGCGACGGGUAUUCGAUCACGAUGGCUACAUUUCAACAUUAAACCGUGAUAAUGUCCGCCUUACCGACGAUGAAGUCAUCGCUCUUAACGAACGAUCAGUCUCAACAAAAUCAGGAGCAACAUACCCUGCCGAUGUAGUUGUAUUAGCCAACGGGUUCUCUCUGACCCAAUAUGACACCGAGCUGUGCGGUCGCCGUGGACGCAGUCGACAAGAAUCCUGGAAAGGAGCCGGGUACAUCAAAGCUUACGAGAGUAUCGGCAUGUCUGAAUUUCCUAACUUCUUCUACAUUCUGGGUCCCAAUUCCGGUCGCGGGCAUACAUCUGCAGUAUUCUCCAUUGAGAACUACAUAGAUCUCAUUAUCCGGGUUAUCAAACCGAUAAUAGCCGGAUCAGCUGUCUCAGUGGAACCUGAUAUGUUGAGCGAAAAGGCAUACAACGAGAGGCUGCAGGCCGCGCUGAGGAACACAGUGUUUAACAACACAUGCCGCAGUUGGUUUAUAGACCCCCAAACCGGAUAUAACUGGAUGAUAUACCCUUGGAGCUCCUUCUACAUGUGGUGGACCACGCAUGUUGCAGGCCUAGAAGGGUGGGUCUACGAGGUGAGUUUGCCGAUCUUAUCGGAGUUAAAGCAUAUUGGUGUCUAA